GCGGGCGGAGGGAAGGGGCGGCCAUGGCUGAGGAGGCGGCCGCCAAGUUGCGGCUGAAGCCGAGGAAGGCGCCGCCCGCCUGGAGCCGCGAGCCCAGCCCCGGCCCGGAGCCGCCGCGCCGGACAGUGGCUGGCAGAUGUUCCUGGCUUGAAAAAGAUGACUUAAAUGAGUGUGAAAAGCCGUGGAUGUUGUUACUGAAAGACAUCAGUCAAGAUUUACAGUGCACAAACUGGCAAACAGUUCCCAGCUUUCCGGAGUUCUUGGGAAAGAGCUCUGAGGAAGAGAGUCUACGACAACAAGAAGUCUUUACAGUCGGAAUGAAAGACUUUCAGUGGGUGUCAUUCCCAUCUUAUUGCGAAGAAAAACAUCUAAACCCAAAGGAUCUUGGCUCCUCUGAGCUCACACAGAGCCAGAACAACCUUUUACCUGAAGGAUGGGGCCAAGCAGAUAGACUGAAUAGUUUACCUUCCACAGCUGAGGAAACAGGCUGUGCAACUACUGCAGGUACAGUCAAAAACAUGGUUGAGGAAGAUACCCAAGGUAUUGCAAAACUGGCUGCAAGCCCUAAACCCUGUAAAGUCCCUCAAGGCAUAAGUUCUGCGCGUCCCUCGGCACUGUUGCAAAGCCGUGCAGAAGCGACAUGCUUCCAGCAGCAGUGCCGAGAGGCCGUGCAGCACAGCAGGGACAACAGGAAAGAGGACGAUGGGAAAGAGCUGCACCUACCAACUCGCAGAGGGAACGCUUCACUCAGUGGGGCCAGAGAGGUGUCUGCUGAAGGGACGCCGCCUCCUGUACCAGGAACCAAAAGCUGCAAGGAGACUGAAAACCAGAGUGAAGGAGCUUCAACUCUAGACAGCUGUCCAAUGUGUCUGCUUCGUUUCAGUGGAACGCUGUCACAGCUGGAUAUCGAUGGCCAUCUUGCUAGAUGCUUGUCUGAAAGUGCAGAUGAUGUGAUGUGGUGAAUUCAGAAGAGUGAAAAGGAAGGGGAAAAGGUCGAGGAUGAACCCUCCUCAAAGGAAAAAAGUGU